AUGGAUAAAGAGAAGUUUCAGCAGAAGGCUGUGAAGCAAACUAAGCAGAAGAAAUCCACGUCGGCUGAAUUUCUGAUGGUUAAAGAACACACAGAAGCUACGGAAGGGGCCGGCAAUCCAGGUUUUAACAUGAGCAGCCCAGAACUCUCGGCACAUCAGACUCCAAAAGAGAAAGUUAUUAGACGCGACGUGCCUGAUCACACCCUCGCGGCUCAUCAACAAAAACCCAGGCUGCCAGCCUCAGCAGGACCCAAAGGAAAUGAAUACAGCAGAAAUUACUUUGACCCACUGAUGGAGGAGAGAAACUCAAGGCAGUGCUGGAUGGAGGUCAGCAGACGGGAUUCCACAUGUUCUUGUGGUCAACAGAUGGGAAGGUCAGAGGACAAGACUCUGGAUCAGGAAUCACUCAGACAUUUCAGUAAGAGCUCGGACACCCACCAAGAGGAUGGGGAAGAUGCUCCUGCAUACAUCGAGGAGUCUGAAAGGCAAGCUCAGAGAGGCGCCAUUCUGCUGGCAGGCCCUCCAACAGGACAGGAUUUGAAAUUUGAAAGAGAAGGACUCAGCCAGAACAUUCCCAUGUCAUGUUUAAAGAAGGAAAAAGCAUUCAAGAAAGCUCGGAGUCAGCCACGCACUGCAGAUGGGAAUAGGAAGCACUCAUUUCCAGAGGUGACUAAAGAAUCCGGAAGAACAGAAGGAAUUUGCUGGAAGGGUGAGCAGUCUCAGUUGCCUAGCCUACAAAUACAGAUCAUAUGUAUCAGGGGCCUCAAGGACAAGGCUCCCCAAGGCUCCUACCUCCUCAGAGUGUCUCUGCUCAAUCAGCUGGGGAGCUGUGUCUCCCAGUGGUGUCAAACUGAGGGACUGAAGACAAGAACAUGCCCAGUUCAUCAUGGUGGCAACUUUUAUGACGUGGGGCUCUAUUUCCAUGAAAGCCUUUCUGUGGUACUUCCUCAAAAGAAAGCUGUGAAGCCUGGCUUGUCUUUCUUGUUUGAACUCUUCCUUCUCCAUGGCACAUGUGCUUACGAUGAUGUGAUCAUUGGCUGGGCAGUCUUUCCUGUGUGUGACAACAACUUCCAUAUAGUAGAGGGAAAAUUCAAGUGUCCCCUUCUCCGAGGACCUUAUGACCCAAAACUGGACCAUUUCAGAAAAAUAGAAAAUUUGAUUUGCCAAGACUUGGACCAGUGGCUGUGCAAUCUAUAUUUUAAGGUAAUUAAAACUCCUUUGCAUUUCGAUGAUCAAAAAAGCCACGAGAGCCGCAGGCAGCUUUCUCCGGAACGUCCUGUGUGCUUAAUGGUGGAAGCGGAGAAUACAGAGUUCGAUUUGGAUAAUACAGCUGGCCCUUCGAAGAAAGAACCACCAGGAAACAUUGACGCUGUAAUGAAUGGCACCAAGCACUCUUCUCAAGGGAGUCUUUCUAGUAAAACCGACCCCUGCUUUAGAGGCUCUGAUCUGUGUCUCGUCAAAGAAGCCCAUGACUUACAUGCUGAGGGCAAUUGUUUGGCUGCUCAUUCUGUGAAGGAAAGAUCUACUGUGUGGAGACCUGGAGAUCCUGAAGAUUAUUCAGGGGAUUUGUCUUACCUAGAGGAACUGGAAAAACAUCAUUUUUCAGUUUGCCGCCCUUCAGUUGCAGAUGGCUGUGGAUCUGGAAAGAUGUCCAAGCACCUCCACUUUGCAUGGAUGUCCUUAUUUUCAGAACUUGAAUUAUCUCGAUGGCAAAGCCAGAGCUUCUGGUACCUCCUCCUGAUGAUGGCCUCUCUCUGGUUCCUGAGGCUCUAUUUACAUUACCUGGGCCAGUGGCUGUUCCUCUGGGUCCUGUCAACUCCAGUUACAAAAUUCCAGUUUUAUUCCUACACUGUUGAGCUCUGCUACCCGAUUUCUUCACUUCACGUUGGAGAAGAGCUAGCUGUGAUUGUAUUGGGGCCUUUAGCUCUAAACACAAUCAUGGUCCCCUUGCUUCUGAUCAGAUGGGGCUGUCAGCUACUGUUUUCCUCCUGCCCGGAUGCCCUGUCAAAGCUAAUCAUCACGAUGGGACUAUGGACAGUUCUAGACCCAUUGGCGGUGUUUAUAGUGGAUGCUUUCCUGGGGAGGCUUGCACAUAAUGGGGAGACUCCUAUUGCAGAUGCAGCGAAACUCUACUGGAUGUUCCUGAGAAUCAAGCAACCAGCCAUCCUUGGUGCUCUGAUGACAGUGGUAGUUUACAGUCUGCUGUUUGUCAUCUCUUCCCUGAGUUUGUACUUGUAUUGCCUCAGGGUAUGCAGUGACUCUUGGGUACUGGAUGCAUUUCAGAGAAUCCACAGUGAAGAAAGCAAGUUCUUCCUCCCACACGAUUUGGAACUUUCCAAUCAGGAGCUGAGUCACAUCGUGAAAAGGUCUGCGCAGUGGAGAGGGAUCCAUGGUGAGAGAAGGAAGGUGGCAGUGCACGAUUACAUCUGCAAAAGCCAUGACACCGAGUCCAAUGAAUCCAGCUGUGACCCCCAGCAACAGGAUGAAACUUUGGAGUCUGCAGUUGGCACAACUUCCCACAUAUCGGUAUGCACCGUUUAUCCCAAUGGGUUUCAAGAGCUUUAUCGCCAUUUUCUCAGGCUCCCGGAUGGCGCCAUCAUUGAGGUGUUUGGUGACAUCAGUGCCUUGAGGUUUGUCCCCAGUGAAGUGAUCCCCGCUGUUGAGAAGCACAUACGAGAAAUGGACACUGUGCAGAGAGAAAUCUUUGCUUCUGCCCAAGAGGAAGGAGAAGUCUCUGUGAAGAUAAAAGGAGAUUAUUAACCCAGCUGGAAAAAUGAGCACAAUUAAGGACCACAGUUUCUGUCCUCUGAUGGGUACUGGGAACAUACUCUUCCUUAAUCAUCUAACGCAUUGUUGAAAAAUGUGGUUCUUUUGUGAUUUUUCAAAUGGCAGUUUGUAGGAUAUUUUGCUUCUGUUGUUUUUUUUAUCAUUUUGCUUUCCUUACCUUUACACGAAUGUCACCGAACAUUUGGGAGUAGGUAACAUGUUCUGCAUUUGCAUUUGUGGAAAGCUUGGCUGAUGCCGUAUUUAUGUAGGGAUGUGGUAAAGAUUCGCAGAAAUGAUUCUCUGAGUUCUCGCUCCUUAUUAAAAAGAACCUUUCUGAUGCUCACGUACACUGCCAUGCAGCUCAUUAAUGGAAUAAGAAUCUUGAUACCAUCAACAUCAGAGCUAAUCUGCACAUUUGCACGAGGACUGAAAGAGUCUGCUUAAUUUUUUUUUCUUGCCGAGGAUGUUGGUGUUCUGUCAGGUUCUCAAGGAAAAGAGAGGAAGGAGAAGGAUGGGAGCCUCCAUCCAGAUGCCUCUAUCUUUGGUGGUCCUUUGUGAACUAUAGUAAUGAUUCUGUGACUAUAGAGAGACGAGACUUGUAUUUGCAAACAGAUGCUCUGCAGAGCAGAGCUCUAAUGUGGCAGACACAGUGCCCUUAGGAAAGAGUGCAUAUUUAUAUACAGUUCAAAGGACUAUUUCAAAAUUAAAGAUAGGUUUCUAGGGGACUAUAUAUCUGUAAAUUGAGUCGUCAGGGUCUUUUUUUUCUCCUUUAGCCUACUGAGGAUAAUUUAUGAUGCUAAUAAUUAAUUUUUCAAGACUGUAUUAGCAAAAUAGUAUCUAUAAGUUAUGCAUAUAUUUUCUGUGAUUUCACUAGAAUCUCUCUUUCGUAGAGACACGUACUAAUUGUUCUUUAAUUUGAUCUUUUUUUUAUCACACUACAGAUUGAAUUAUAAUUAGAAACUAUAAAUAAAAAAAUCUUUUAUUGACUC